CACUCCGUAGAAAAUCCCUGCAGCCUCCACGAACUCCUCAGCAACAACAUAAAAAAGCCGCGUCCUCCCUUCCAGCCUUCCAGGCUUCUUCCAUCCAUCCCCAUACCCACCCCACUCCUCUCACCUCGCCGCCGCCGCCGCCGGCGAGGCCCCACCUCGCCGGAGACCCACCCCUCUCCUCUCCUCGAUCUCAUCCUCCCGCCUCCCACUAGCCCCGUAGCCGUGUCCGCCCGCCCGCCCGCGGAACCCUAGAUCUCCGAUACCCCGCGCGCCCUCCCGCUGCCGGCCCCCCGAUCGGAAUGGUCCGCGGUCUGCAGUAAGGUCCAGUGACCCAGGACCAGGAUCCUCCAGCUCCUGCGCCUUCGCGCGGGUGCGACGCGCCGCCGCAAUGGCGAUCCGCAUCACCGUGUCCUACUCGGGCUACGUGGCGCAGAACCUGGCCGCGUCCUUCGGCCUGCGCUGCACCUCCGCCGCCGCUGGCGCUGGCGCGGCGCCUGGCGCAGGGUGCCGAUUCCUCCAGGACGCGCUCUCCCGCCCCUUCUGCCUCUUCGCCUCCUCCCGCCGCGCUGACCACCACCAUGACGCCGACGACCACAGCCACCCGAAGCCAAGGCCCAAGGCUCUGCCCGCCGCCGCCUCCGGAGGUGGCCAUUCGCUGGUGCUCCCACGAUCGUGCUCCACGAAGGCGCCGGCUGAUGAGCCGCUGGCGUCGCUGGCCGUGGGGUUGCUGUCGGUGUUCGCGUCCGGAAUGGGUUCGACUGGUGGCCUUGUGGGCACCUCCUCCCUCGCGGCAUCGCCAUCUAUAUCAGCUGGGUUCAACCCCACAGCGCUCCUCCCAUUCCUGCAGGCGAUCAAGUGGCUCCCCUGCAGUGACAUCGUCACCGCCGCAACGACGUCCCGUGGCUCAGGACGCCCAACGGCUGCAACUACGGGUGCAACGACAGCGCUUGCACCGCGCACAGCUGUGCCAUCGCCCCGUCAUGCAGCUGUGCCCUCACCUGCUGUGGCUGCGCCGUCCAAGGUCGGCAUACAAGCGAUGGUCGGUGGUGCCAGCAUCGCAUCAGGUUCAGCUGGGAUUGGUAGUGGCGCUAUCGCCUCUGGUGCAGCUGGGAUGGUGAGGAAGAGCAGCACUAGUCUUUCUGGUGGCGCAGGAGUGAGCAGGAAGACCAGUUGGCUCUCGAGCUGGGUGAACUCAUGCUCGGAUGAUGCAAAAACUGUGUUUGCCGCUGUGACUGUGCCGCUGCUCUAUAGAUCAUCCCUUGCUGAGCCGAGGUCCAUCCCAUCUAAGUCAAUGUACCCAACAUUUGAUGUUGGUGACCGAAUCCUUGCUGAGAAGGUUUCCUACAUUUUUCGGGAGCCAGAAAUUUUGGACAUUGUGAUAUUCCGUGCACCUCCAGUCCUUCAGGCAUUGGGCUACAGCUCAGGUGAUGUGUUCAUCAAGAGAGUUGUGGCCAAGGGCGGGGACACCGUUGAAGUGUGUGCUGGUAAACUGUUGGUUAAUGGACUAGUCCAGGAUGAGGAGUUCGUGCUGGAGCCAGCCGACUAUGAAAUGGAUCCAGUGACUGUGCCUGAAGGGCAUGUGUUUGUUCUUGGGGACAACAGAAACAACAGCUUUGAUUCACAUAACUGGGGACCACUUCCAGUGAAGAACAUCCUUGGGAGAUCUGUGCUCCGAUACUGGCCGCCAUCAAGAAUAACAGAUACAAUAUAUGAGCAUGAUAUAGCAGAGUGCACAGUGGGUGCCUCCUGAGAUAUACUUUGUGUGGCAAUACCACAUGGCAAAUCAGUUCCAUUCUUCAGGCAGAGCUUUACUGACGAGCUGAGCCGUAUUUUUCCUUGUUCUUAUUUAUUGGAAGUCGCCUUGCCUCAAAUGCCCAUUGGCAGCUUGGCUGACUAGUUAGUUUCCCCUGCCCCAAGGGCAGAUGGUUGUUUGAAGUCGACAAUUCUUGUACUCUGUAACCUAAGAAGGAGCCACGUAUACACGUUCAUAAACGCAGAUGAAUGAGCAUCCGUGGCUGUAGGCGUAGCAUGGCAUGGCAAUUCUCUUCUGUUUCUGAUAUUUGGGGAUGUUAGAAACUGGGUGCACAGGAUAUAGGAAGCGAAGCUUGAGAGAUUGCUCAUCCUACUGGAGUAUUAUUGCUCUCUUUCCGGUUGUGAAUCCUGGAUCAGGGCCAGCAUCGUGAACUCAAAAGACUUUGUUUGAAAUAUAUAGCGAGUGCCGAGCGAGGGCAACCAUACGGUUUGCAUGAAUUCAUGUAUCCUGUCUGACAGUGCAUUGUAUGUUGGUAAAAUUUUGGAAUAAAAUUUCUGUCCUAGUAUCUUGUGA